AUGGGUCAUACACACGCAAGUGGUUUUGAACAAGGUCAUAAACAAUCGAAUAAUCAAAACAAUGGUGAGGUCAGUGCAUUCUACUGGGCAUGUCGCAAUGGUGAUAUUGAGUUAGCAAAAGCAAUGGCACCCGAUAUACCUUAUGAUCAACUGAACCGAUUAGAACCUAAUGGAAGCACACCCCUUCAUGCUGCGUCAUUUUUUUCUCAUGCAGAUGUUGUUGAGCUUCUUCUGCAUGAAUAUGGCGUUCCAAGAAAUUAUGUGAAUCAGUAUGGACUAACUGCUUAUGAAGAGGCACAAACUGAGAGAGUAAAGCGAUUAUUUUGGCGAGUAUCAAAUCGAUUUUGUGACCCACAGGAAAAUGUUACAGAUACGUUUGACAUUCUCGCCGUAAAAGCAGAUGAAAUAGAAAACAAUCGCAGCAUCUUCAAUACUGAAGAUGAGCAUGAGGAAGACACAAAGGAGGCACCGGAGCAGAGUAUAUGGCUUCAAUCGUACCAAGCAAAAGAUAUCAAAGAAGAAAUAUAUUAUUACCGCAAAGGUAAAGCGUUGAUUCAAUCAAGCAUUGCCAGAUUUAUUAUGCGACAAGGACCUAAAUUUUGCCCUCACUGUAAACAGAACAAAGAAGUCAUGAACGAGUUUAUUUCUUAUUUUGACGAUGCGACAUUUCGAGUGAACAAAUUAAAAGCAAUUGUGUAUGAGUGUGUACCGCCAACGGAUAAAUAUUAUAAUAGAUGUCAUCAGCUCUUGACAGAAUAUUCGGAAAAAGGAAAUGUUGAAGCGCUAUUAACACUUUACACAUUAGAAACUGAGUUUUAUAAAAAAAAUUGCAAAUGCUUGUCAAGCCAUUAG